AUGGCACUCCUCCCAUUACUCCUCUUGUUUCUGCUUUCAACACUCCCUCUCUCACAGUCCCAGUGGCUUAGUCUCAACUACUACAAGAAAACAUGCCCGAGAUUUGAGCAGAUCAUGCAAGAGACCACCACCAACAAGCAGAUCACAUCGCCAACCACCGCCGCUGCCGCCAUCCGCCUCUUCUUCCACGACUGCUUGGUAGAGGGCUGCGACGCCUCUGUUCUCAUCUCUUCCACUCCCUUCAACAAGGCCGAACGCGACGCCGACAUCAACCUCUCUUUACCCGGUGACGGCUUCGACGUCGUUGUCCGAGCCAAGAGCGCCCUGGAACUUGACUGCCCAGGGGUGGUUUCUUGCGCCGACAUUUUAGCCGUCGCCACCAGAAAUCUCGUCUCCAUGAUGGGUGGCCCGUUUUACAAUGUCCCAUUAGGCCGGAGAGAUGGAUUGGUGUCCAGAGCUUCUCGAGUCGAAGGCAAUCUUCCGAGACCCACAAUGGCGAUGACCCAAAUCAUCAAGAUCUUCGAGUCCAGAGGAUUCUCAGUGCAAGAAAUGGUGGCAUUAACUGGGGCACACACGAUUGGGCUUUCACAUUGUAAAGAAUUCAGUGCAAACCUAUACAAUUACAGCAAGACUUCAGAGUCCGAUCCAGCUUACUACCCAAAAUUUGCGGAGGGAUUGAGGAAUGCUUGUGCUGAUUAUCAUAACAAUCCGACGUUGUCGGUGUUCAAUGACAUAAUAACUCCAAGAAACUUUGACAAUAUGUACUACCAAAACUUGCCGAGGGGUUUAGGACUAUUGUCUUCAGACCACGCUUUGUAUUCGGAUCCAAGGACUAAUCCUUUUGUCGAUUUGUACGCCAAGAAUCAGACUGCGUUCUUUCAGGCAUUUUCACAAGCAAUGGAGAAACUGAGUCUAUAUGGUGUCAAGACUGGAAGGACAGGACAGAUUAGACGCAGGUGUGAUGCAUUUAACUAA